AUGAGGGUUGGUUCAAUAUUGGGAUAUGGGGCGGCGAUAUGGCAGGUCGCAGAGGCCAUUGAUAUAGAUAUCACUUCGGACGCAUCCAUCAAAAAAGCAGCCAGCACCGCCGCCUACGGCAUGAUGAAAUACUACACCGGCAACAACACAGGCGACAACCCUGGAAACCUCCCCGCCCCCUACUACUGGUGGGAAGCUGGCGCCAUGUUUGGCAUUAUGGUUGACUACUGGUACCUGACAGGCGACACCACCUACAACACGGUGGUGCAACAAGGCCUGCUCUCGCAAAUCGGCGACGAUGACAAUUACAUGCCGCAGAACCAGACCAAGACCGAAGGAAAUGACGACCAGGCCUUUUGGGGCAUGGCCGCCAUGACAGCCGCAGAGGAGAAGUUUAUGGACCCCCCGAGCCCGCAGCCGGGGUGGGUGGCGCUGGCGCAGGCAGUCUUCAACACCAUGGUUGCGCGCUGGGACACGACAACAUGUGGCGGGGGCUUGAGGUGGCAGAUCUUCACGUUCAAUAACGGCUAUGACUACAAGAACAGUAUUGCGAAUGGGGGCCUAUUCAAUAUCGGCGCGCGGCUAGCGCGGUAUACGGGAAAUUCGACAUAUGCGGAUUGGGCAGAGAAGGUGUUUGAGUGGGAGAUGAGCGUAGGACUUAUCACUGAUGAUUUCCGGGUUCUGGAUGGGUCGAGUGAUACGACGAAUUGCUCGACAGUCGAUCAGGUGCGGUAUUCGUAUAAUCAGGGGAUUUAUCUUUUCGGUGCUGCUAUUAUGUAUAACCAUACAAACGGCUCUGCAGUCUGGGCAAACCGCGUGAGCGGUCUCUUAAACGGAACCGCCAUCUUCUUCAAAGACGACGUCAUGACCGAAUCCGCCUGCGAAGACAACGUAUCAACAGCCAACCCGCACGGAACCUGCGACAACGACCAGCUGUCCUUCAAAGCCCAUCUCUCGCGCUGGAUGGCCGCUACCGCACAAUUAGUACCUAGUACACAUUCAACUAUCAUGUCGUUGCUGAAAACCAGUGCUGUAGCAGCUGCCGCCCAAUGCGACGGCGGCACCGACGGCGUAACGUGCGGGCAACACUGGACCGCCAACAGCACCUGGGACUCAACGUACGGCGUGGGCCAGCAAAUGUCCGCCGUGUCCGUCAUCCAGAACCUGCUCAUCGACAGCGCGCCCGGGCUCGUCACGAACACCACGGGCGGCACCAGUGCAGGGAACGCGGCGGCCGGGACGGAGAGCAGCAGUGCGGAUGGCUCGGAUCUGGUGAUCACGCCGGCGACGGGCGCGGACAAGGCGGGGGCGGGCAUCUUGACGGCUGUUGUGCUUUGUGGGGUUGUGGCGGGGAUUGGGUUUAUGGUCACGGGGUGA